UUCGCCCUCGUCAAUCGCAGCCUUUGUUCUACGAAAUUACCGUCCAAGUUUCUCGUUCCUGUUUUUCCUUUUCGGUCCGCAUCCGUACGCGCCUGUCACGUGUCAAAUUUUCUUCAUCUCGAAUGGCGACCAGGGCGCACAAAAUUGGCUCUUUGUUGUUCUGCCCCAACUGCGGUACCUUGCUGGAUCUGCCCAAGGAUGGCGAAACAGAUGUGAACUGCGAUCAGUGUGAUCACGAAGAGCCUGCGAGCUCGUAUGAGAAUAUCCAGAUCACGACGCAUUCCCAUCCGGACGCGUUUCCUUCAGCCUUGCGCCAGAAGAGAAAGACGCAGACAAAGCACCAUGAAGGUGCAGAUCACGGCACCGCCGUAUCCGAGAAAUGCCCCAACUGCGGCCAUAUGGAGGCCUAUUCAAAGGAGCUACAGCUGCGCAGUGCAGAUGAAGGUUCCACCGUCUUUUACACUCUUGCGUCUCGUGCAAACACGGCUGGCGCGUGAACAACUAGACGUACACCCCGACUGUGCAGAACAGCGCGACCACCCCGAACCCGCCCAAGAUGCUCGCGGUAGAUGCCACCACCAUUUCCCGUAUAGGUAUCGUGUCUUUGGGUAGCCUAUUAUCCAUCAGAAACAGUAGAGUAAUACAGUGAGAUUGCAUACGUUGAAAAGUAGAACGCCAGUGUAAACGUGGCCGAAAGCAGCACUAGUGCGAUGUAUGGCAGCAGACUGACUGG